CCAGUGUGCAAAAUAUAUAUGUCAGUAAUUGAUUGACUAGUCGGAUGAGCAUAUUGAAUGAGUAUUACUUACAUAUACAGCUGAUUAAACUCCAGGAUUAUUUUCAUGUGGGAUAAAGCUGUCAACUUUCGUGAGAACGCGCUGGAGCAAGGUAGCCGCUAAAAUCGCAAAAUGGAUAUGCGGGGCGUCAUUCUGUUGCUUAUUGGAACAUUUCUUAGGCUGGGAGAAAUAGUCAACGGCAGUGAAGUUGUUAACAGUGCAUUCAUUCAUGUUGCAGGAGGAGAUAUUGCAUACCUUGGUGGAGGGAAAAUUACUAAUCAAACCAUCAGUCCUGAAUUAUGUAAUUUUACUCUGAAUUCGACCAGUCAGAAAUACUUUGACAAUCGAGUACAACAGAUGCAACCGAAGUUUGUUCGAUUCCAUUUAGAAAUAAGACGCAACAUGUCGACAAGACUCAAUAUAACUUACAACGACACUCUUUUCAAACCGAGGUUAUGGUUUUGGACUUACGAUACCCCGACAGGGCAUUAUCCGUACUUGACUCUGAAUAUUGACCAUGGAAUUUUGAGCUUUGGUCUGUUGGAUGCGAAAACAUAUGACGUGGAUUUUAUCCUACUUGAACCUUUGCUAACGGCCAACCAAACGUGUUCCAUACAUUUUGGACAGAACGAAAGCAUGAUCCAUUUGACGAAUGCUUUACGUAGUCUUGUCGCGAAUGCGGCAGAUUAUGAAGAAUACAAGUAUGAAACCAAUUACUUUUGUUACUUAGUUGAAAACAGGGAGAUGAAACAAUCAUGGACGUAUUUCGCAGCACUCUACUUUAACUUCCCAGCACCUCUCAUCAAUUUCGAGUGUUGUGUGGUUUCGUUCACCUACAGUAAUAACAAGAUAGUCGUCCACGGCUGUAACAAGCAAUUCGCAAAGUGGGACCUUUGUGUUUACGGACCUUAUAUAUUAGGUGUACUAAUUUUGUUAUAUUUCCCAAUCUUGUUGUUUGAAAUUUGUGACGCCCUAGCCAAAGGAGAUAUCGUUGAAUCGUUUGAUUAUGACAUGAUAGCGGAACUGGACGUCCCGCUAUCUCCUGAACCAUCCUGGGAAUCAGACUGGAUGUUUCUCGAUGGAAAACCGCCCGUAACCUUUUUUGGUGUGAUAAGUAACUGUUUCCGAGGAGUUAAGCAUCAAUACCCUGUGUGUGUUUCCAGACUUCGUAGAUUUAUUUCAGUGUUGCUGGUACCUUUUGUGAUAUAUAUCAAGAUUUUGAUGUACUCCGAUGGAAUUGGAAAAGACAAACUGAAAAUCACAGUUUCUGAUUUCGCCGAGCGUGGAACAGGGCUUGGUUUCUUAGCGAUACUUGGAAAUACCACAGAAAACCGAAUUAAGUCAUUUGUACCAGCCUUCGGCGGCCCAGUUGGAAUGGCAUUAAUUUAUUACAUAUUGGGUGUGGUUCUUCUUGUGUUUCCGCGAAAUUUGAUACAAAUUGUGGAAAACGGAAUGCCGACCCGUCGUGGUUGGUCUCCACUUUUUCUCGGCGUGGACGAAAUUCUCCAUAUUGGAAUGGUAAACCAUGAAACUGUGCCGGGUUAUAAUAGGGCUGCGGCGAUUUGUAAGGGUCGUUUCUACAUGCUGUUUACCAACACAUUUUGGAAAAGAUUUAUUUUUCUGAUGAAAGAGCGAUAUAAGACAUUAUGGCAUUUCUCCAAAUGCAUAUUGGCAUUGUGUCUUCCCCUGUUAACUCUUGGGUGCCUUUUAGAGACAAUAGCUUGUUUAGUGUAUUUCGCGAUACCAUUUGUAAGCUUCAGUAUCAUCGUGAUUAAGGGCGCAACGGCAUCUGUAAUGACACAGAUAUCAUACUACCACCGACUUAACGUUCUUCUGCGAAAACCAUUGUUUUGGCCUCUUGUCAAAUUCGUGAUAUUUGCCACAUUCAUCUUGUUUGCGUAUUCAGUAAGCUUAAUAUUUCUUGAAAGUUUCGUCUUCUUUUCGAAAAUCAUAAUCUACUGCCUCGUUGCCGUGGUGUUCAUGCCCUCAGCUUCGUUUGGUUAUUUGUUUUUCUUCAUCGUACUUCUUUACUACGUCGUGCAUCUCGUUAAAGGUUUUGGUGACACUUAUUUGGAACUACUUUCCACUGGGGUCGAGCGUUCCUUGGACCUAGACACCCAUGUCAAUCACGUGAGCUACCAAGAUGGUCAUCUUGUCAUCUCAAACGUCCGAGCGCCUAACAUUCGGAGUAUCCGAAUUAAUAAUACGCUUAUUGAAGUUAUCAAGAACAGUUUAGAGAAAAUCAAAUCUUCCUAUGAAGUUGCUAGACACACACGCCAAGUUAACAGCGUUCAUGGAAUUCCAAAGGAACUAUUUGAGCAUUUAGUUAGGAAACACAGACCGGUUCAUAUUCAGCUGUUGAAACUAAUAUUUCAACUAACCUUCAUAAUAAUUCUUGUGGCCUUGACUCUGAUUAUCACGUCGAAAUUUAAGUCCGGCUCUUCCUAUGAGCAAGGACCGGAAGUGAUGCAUGUUCUAUUUAUGGUAACAGUUGGCGCAUUACCGCGCGUGCUCGAGGUUCUGUUGACAGAUGGAAGCGAAGUUGUAAAGAAACAGCUAGAGGAAUCGAGGAUUGAGCAGACGAUCGUUCGGUACUGGAGAAACAAAACGGAAACAGACUUGAAGUUUACUUGAUCAUAGUAUAUCAAACAAUGAUGAUAAUAUUACAAUUAAUCACAUUUAUGUUUAUUCAUUUAAUAUAACAUGGUCGCACUAUUAUAGAAUUAUAACUUGUCACAAAAAGAAUUAUUAAAAUAUAUAAAUUAUUUGACAAAUAUGUAACUCUCGACAGG